UUGAACAAACGCGGCGGCGGGAUCGGCGCGGGCGCGGCCGCCGCCGCCGCGGCCGCCGGGAGCGGCACCGGGGGGCGCCGGCACCGGCACCGGCGAGAGGCAUCGCUAGCGGAGGAAGAAGACGAACGCCCGCCUGCCCGUACCUGCUCCGGCCAUCACUGCCACAGCUACAGAAAUGGAGGUGGUGUCAGCAGAGGUCAACAGCCUGCUCCCCGAGGAGAUCAUGGACACGGGCAUAGCUCUGGUGGAGGAGGACAGCAUCGAGGCCGUCAUCGUGUCCUCGCCGGUGGGAGAGUCCAUUCCCAUGGAAACAGAACUGGAAGAGAUCGUGAACAUGAGCUCCACCAGCGACUCCUCAGCCCCGGCCACAGCCACGGUCACCACGGACUCGGCUCCUGCGCCCAGCAGCCUCCCAGGAGACGCAGCCCUGACUGCCACGGCCCCCAGCCCUGACGUGGCUGCCGCUGCAAAGCCGGCCUUUCCGGGUGGCCUCCACAAACUCGGCACUCAGACCCCUGUCACUAUCUCGGCUAAUCAGAUUAUUCUGAACAAGGCCACUGAUAUUAAAAUAGGCAGUCAGAGCAUUAAACCGGAAGGGCAGAAGCUGAUUGUAACAACUUUGGGCAAGUCUGGCCAGCCGAUCGUUCUAGCACUGCCGCACAGCCAGCUCCCACAGGCGCAGAAGGCCGUGUCCCCAGCCCAGGGCGGGGACGCCAAGGUCCCGGGCCAGCAGAUCAAGGUUGUCAUUGGAGGCCGCUCGGAGGUGAAACCUGUUGUGGGUGUCUCAGCUUUGACGCAGGGGAGUCAGCUGAUAAACACCGCCGCCCAGCCCUCUGCCUUGCAGUCCCAGCAAGUAAAAACAGUACAGAUUGCGAAGAAGACUCGAACCCCAACUUCUGGCCCGGUGAUCACCAAGCUGAUAUUUGCAAAACCAAUCAAUAGCAAAGCUGUGACAGGGCAGACCACUCAAGUGUCACCAGUCAUUGCAGGCAGGGUUUUUUCACAGUCUGCUCCAGGGACACCACCAAAGACAAUAACAAUCUCUGAGAGUGGAGUCAUUGGAUCAUCUUUGAGUACAACACCACAACAGACACCGAAUAAAAUAGCUAUCUCACCACUCAAAUCCCCCAAUAAGCUAACAGUGGUGUCAGUGGCCUCGCAGCCUCCCAGCUCCCCCCAGAAGACGGUGGGCGUCCCACUGAAUGUAGCGUUAGGACAGCAGAUCCUCACAGUGCAGCAGUCAGCACCCUCCUCCCCUGGCAAGGCUGUAGUCAACCACACAACCACCCAGGCUGUGAAAUCAGCAGUGCAGACCAUUACUGUAGGAGGAGUGGGUACAUCUCAGUUUAAGACAAUUAUUCCCUUGGCAACUGCACCCAAUGUUCAGCAGAUUCAGGUACCUGGAAGCAAGUUCCAUUAUGUCAGACUCGUUACUGCCACAACAGCCAGUAGUUCAACCCAAUCUGCCAGUCAGAAUCCCAGUACGAACACUCAACCUCUGCAACAGGCCAAGCCCGUGGUGGUGAACGCGACCCCAGUGCGUAUGUCAGUCCCCAUAGUGCCAGCACAGACUGUGAAACAGGUGGUGCCCAAACCAAUCAACUCAGCUUCUCAAAUAGUCACUACCAGUCAGCCCCAGCAAAGACUUAUCAUGCCAGCCACUCCACUGCCACAGAUCCAGCCCAACCUCACCAACCUCCCUCCGGGCACCGUGCUGGCACCAGCCCCUGGCACAGGAAACGUUGGCUAUGCCGUCCUUCCAGCUCAGUAUGUCACACAGCUACAGCAGUCAUCCUAUGUAUCCAUAGCAAGCAACACUGGCUUCACAGGGACCUCCAGUGUCCAGUCCCAGGCACGGCUGCCAUUUAAUGGAAUAAUUUCUUCUGAGUCUGCAAACCGCCCCAGGAAGCCUUGCAAUUGUACUAAAUCUCUGUGUUUGAAAUUGUAUUGUGACUGUUUUGCUAACGGUGAAUUCUGCAAUAACUGCAACUGUACAAAUUGUUAUAACAACCUGGACCACGAAAACGAUAGGCAAAAAGCAAUAAAGGCCUGCCUCGACAGAAACCCUGAGGCCUUCAAGCCCAAAAUUGGGAAAGGAAAGGAAGGAGAGUCGGAUCGGAGGCACAGCAAAGGGUGUAACUGUAAACGCUCGGGAUGUCUCAAAAACUACUGCGAGUGUUAUGAGGCAAAAAUUAUGUGUUCUUCCAUAUGCAAAUGCAUUGGCUGUAAAAAUUUUGAAGAAAGCCCAGAGCGAAAGACGUUGAUGCAUUUAGCAGAUGCUGCAGAGGUCAGGGUGCAGCAGCAGACUGCUGCAAAGACCAAGUUAUCUUCCCAGAUCUCAGACUUGCUGACGAGGCCAACACCAGCCCUCAGCAGCGGCGGUGGGAAGCUGCCCUUUACGUUUGUCACCAAGGAGGUGGCCGAUGCCACCUGUGAGUGCCUCCUGGCGCAGGCGGAGCAGGCGGAGAAGUCGGGCAAGUCGCGGGCGGCGGCGGAGCGCAUGGUGCUGGAGGAGUUCGGGCGCUGCCUCAUGAGGGUCAUCAGCUCCGCAGGGAAGUCCAAGGGGGACCCCUGUGCCAUGAACUGCUGACCCUGCACACGAGCCACGGUGAGGCGGACUGAACACAACACUUAAGGCACAGGGACACUUUGGUUUAGCAUAAAGGAUUUAAUAAUAAUUGUUGAUUUGGUGCUUGUUGUAAAUUGACCCAUGUAAGAUUGAAACGAGAAAUUCUUUUAUAACAAGAUGUAGAGCCUUUUAAAUCUUAGCUAAAUCCUCUUCUACGUAAGACAAUGCCUAAAGGUCAGUUCUUCUUCCCAAUGUACAGCUUUUACCCUGGGUUUCUUAAAGAUUAGAUGUGUUCUCCCCUUUCCCCCAGAAUAAUUGUCUGAAGGGCAUAUAUAAAUUAUUAUAAUAUAUGUUAUUUACAGUGUAUGGAUUUGCAUCACUGUGCAUACAGGAAGACACAGGUCACGUCGACAGCCAGGUCAUGCUUUUGCUGACAGGCCUGUAAUAUGGAGGUACCAGUGUAUCCAAGAUAAUUCUGAAAGGAAGUAUGUAGAAAUAAGCAUCUAAAUGGAAAGUAGUUCUUGUAUUUAGGACCUGACACAGCAUGUCGCUUUAGUGCACGGAGCACUGUGAGAUACAUAGGCAAUAAUACAGAGGGGGUGCUUGCAGAUGGAGCACUGAGCAAGUCAUGGAGAAUGUUUUUGGAGCCCAAGGAGUAUGGAGGUGAACGGCAUUGCAGGGAUUUUUGAUAGGAAUGGGGCAGAGUGCUCAGGUGUUUCUUUAAACAUGGAAAUUGAAGGCUAAGACAGUGGCCUGUCCUUAGAAGUGAGGAAGAGCAGCCACAAUGCAGUGCCAGGCUGUCUGCCCGGUGUGGUGCUACCUAAGUGGGUUGCAGACUGACGCUGUGGUUCAGGUGAAGCUUGGUUUUUCAGAGGUUUGCAGCAGCCUAAUCUCUCACUGGAAGUAGGGCUGUGCAGUCUGCUGUUUUCUAGGAUCAAGCUGUAACCGUGGAAAAGCGUUUAGGCCUGAGAAGCUGAAGUCAUGGGAGAUGACAAUCUGCAUCUGAAUCAACUUGCAAAUGCAGGCAGGGAUCAUGUUCAGCCUGGCUGUGGGUGUUCAGGAUGCUGCUUCUCUCCAUGUUGGCAGUUUACUUGGCAUAAGGGCUCUUUUAGUGUUCAGAAUAAUUGUGAGAGCUGUGAUGAGGGAAAGUACUAGCACAGAAUCAGGAUUGCUACAAAAACAGACACAGAUCCUUUUACACUAAAUGGGGAGCAAUCAGCUAUUGCUGGUAUAGACUAAGGCAGGGGAUUUUUCCAGUAUUUGUUACAGGCAAUCUCAGAUCACAUUUUUGAUAGUGGAACACAUUUGCAGAAUUAACCUGGUGGGUUACUUACCUAUCAUGAACGUCCAUUAACCACGUUUAAUCACAGGCAUUGUUAUUACCUGUCUCACUGCAGCCUGAAUUAGCUACAUUUUUCCAAAAGGGAUUUUGUAUUCCCUCCAUAAAACUGUAAAUACAGAGAAAUGCAGGGCCAGGCUGGGGAGAGCUAGGGGCCAGGCACAGCAGCAGCAGAGAUGCGUGCCUGUGUGUCAAGGCAAUAGGGUGGGAGGAUGCACAGAGCAGAAGGUCCCUGACCCUUCUCUGGUGCCUCCCUGAAGGGCCUGGGGGGCAGCACCGGGGCUCACAGACCAGGUCUGACCUGCAGGCACUGUCUGAAAGGCUCUGUCUGCUAAGGACACCUCCCUGAGCAGGAACAGCAAUGUCUGUGCAAAUCUCUGAAAAGGGAAUCCACCUCUCGUGUAAGUAAAUGCCACGUUUUUUCAUGAUUAGGACUUGGAUUUACUAAAAAAUCAGUGCAGUAACUUUACCUGUAGAUAGUGCGGAUAUUCCGUUCCCUUCUAGUGACCUAAUAUAGUCUGUCCAGUAAGAUUUGUAUAAAUGUAAAUUAGUGUAAGUGAAUAAAGUAAUACCUACUUACGUUAUUUUUCAAACAGAUUGCAAUAUGCCUUUUGUUUAGACUUCAAUCUGUGUUAAUUUUGUAUAUAUUCAGUGUCUUACUCUAAAUUGCACCUUUUGUGAUGUGUAUUUAUAUACAGUGUGCAAAAGCACUUGUGAAAUUUAGAUUACAGUUGUAAUUAUGUAUGAUGGCAUUGCUGGAGAAUAUUUUGCUUGUAAAGACUUUGAAGGUGCAAUCAAAUGCUCUUAGUUCUAUUUUGUUUUGAACAAGCU